ACCUAUUCACUACUCAUGACUCAUCACUUUUGACUGUUAACGUUGCAGUAUCUGAGCUUCCUCAGCUGCUCCCUAGUCCUCACUGUCACUUUUGCUUCACUAUUAAUAUAAAUCUCUACUGGGAUUUGUGGGUUAUUUUGUGUUCUUGUUCAAUUUUAUUACUGGCAUUGAUUUGGAGAUCCAAACCCUGGAUUUUGUUUGGCUCAUAGACAUUUCAUUUGGGUCUAAUUUGACAGAGACAACGCAAGUAGGGAUCAUCUGAAUUGAAUUGGAAAAUGGAUUCAAGAGGAAAGAGUGAUGAUGAAGAAUCUGGUUAUCGAAGUAAAAUCUGGGAUUUGGAUCAGAAGUUGGAUCAGCCCAUGGAUGCAGAAGCUGGGAGUCUUAAGAAUAAGUAUGAGGAAAAGAAAAUUUCCACCUUCUUACUUUUGUGCCUCGCAUUCCAAAGCCUUGGAGUGGUCUAUGGAGAUCUAGGUACUUCGCCCUUAUAUGUUUUCUACAAUACAUUUCCUGAUGGAAUUGAAGAUCCAGAAGAUGUGGUUGGAGCUCUGUCGUUGAUUAUAUACUCCCUCACUCUUAUUCCACUCCUGAAGUAUAUUUUAAUUGUUUGUAGAGCAAAUGACAAUGGUCAAGGUGGAACAUUUGCUCUUUAUUCACUACUUUGUCGACAUGCUAAAAUAAAGACUAUCCCCAACCAAGAUCGUACAGAUGAACAGCUAACAACUUAUAGCCGUUCUAGAAUUUAUGAACGAUCAUUUGCUGCAAAGACAAAGAGAUGGUUGGAGGAAUGUUCUUUCAGAAAGAAUGCACUUCUUUUACUUGUUCUUGUUGGCUCCUCCAUGGUUAUUGGGGAUGGAAUUCUCACGCCAGCUAUAUCAGUGCUAUCGGCAGUGCAAGGAAUCAAAUUAGACCAUCCCAAGAUGUCUAGCGAUGUAGUUGUUUUUGUUGCUGUUGUGAUAUUAGUAGGCCUGUUUUGCAUGCAACACCAUGGUAUAGAUAGGGUCGGUUGGCUCUUUGCCCCAGUUGUGUUCCUCUGGUUUCUCUUGAUUGGAGGUAUUGGCAUAUUCAACAUUUGGAAAUAUGACAAAGGCGUGCUGAAAGCUUUUUCACCUGUUUAUAUAUGUCGAUAUUUUAGAAGCGGAGGGAGAGAUAAUUGGCUCUCUCUUGGAGGAAUUAUGCUUAGCAUAACAGGAACAGAGGCCCUUUUUGCUGACCUGUCCCAUUUUCCAGUGUUAUCAAUACAGAUUGCAUUUACAGCAAUUGUUUUUCCAUGCCUUAUUUUUGCCUAUUCUGGACAAGCUGCAUACCUCUUGAAAAACCCAAAUCAUGUAGCUGAUGCAUUUUAUCGUUCUAUUCCAGAUAGCAUAUAUUGGCCAGUUCUUAUUGUUGCUACUGCUGCUGCUGUUGUUGCAAGUCAAGCCACCAUAUCUGCAACUUUUUCAUUAAUCAAGCAAGCUCUAGCUCUGGACUGUUUUCCAAGGGUUAAAAUUGUACAUACAUCAGAAAAGUUCCUAAGCCAAAUAUAUAUUCCAGACAUAAAUUGGAUUCUUAUGGUUCUUUGUGUUGCAGUGACAGCUGGGUUUAAAAAUCAAAGCCAAAUUGGGAACGCGUCUGGGACAGCGGUUGUGAUAGUCAUGCUUGUAACCACAUUGCUUAUGAUUCUAAUCAUGCUAUUGGUAUGGCGGUGCCAUUGGAUUGUUGUUGCGAUCUUCACUGGCUUGUCGCUGAUAGUGGAGGGCACUUAUUUUUCUUCUGUACUCUGCAAGGUUAAUCAAGGUGGUUGGGUUCCUCUAGUGAUUGCAGCAGCAUUUUUUGUUAUCAUGUAUGCAUGGCAUUACGGUACUAUGAAGCGUUAUGAGUUUGAGAUGCAUAGUAAGGUUUCAAUGGCAUGGAUUCUAGGGCUUGGUCCCAGUUUAGGACUUGUUCGGGUCCCUGGAAUUGGACUCGUGUACACGGAGCUGGCCAGAGGAGUCCCUCAUAUCUUUUCCCACUUCAUCACCAACCUACCUGCUAUCCACUCUGUGGUUGUUUUUGUCUGUGUAAAGCACCUGCCUGUCUACACAGUCCCAGAAGAGGAGAGAUUCCUCAUAAAGCGGAUAGGACCAAGGAAUUUCAGAAUGUUCCGUUGUGUUGCAAGAUAUGGAUAUAAAGACCUCCAUAAGAAAGACGAACAAUUCGAGAAGAGGCUCUUUGACAGUCUUUUCAUGUUUGUCCGGUUGGAGUCCAUGAUGGAAGAUGGGUGCUCAGACUCAGAUGACUAUAGUUUAAAUGGCCAGCAGACCGAGCAGUCAAGAGAUAGGAAUUAUAAUGGCAACAGAGCUUCAUCCAAUACGAAUGCAACAAUUUCAUCAGGAGAUUCAAUCGUGCCUCUGGAUGCAAACACCAUUCGAUCAGCCAUUCAGGUGAGCAGCCCAUCUGAAGUUGAUGAGUUAGAGUUUUUGGGUAACUGUAGAGAUACUGGGGUAGUUCACAUAUUGGGGAAUACAGUAGUGACAACAAGCAGGGAGUCAAAGUGGUACAAGAAGAUAGCCAUUGAUUAUAUAUAUGCUUUUCUUAGGAAGAUUUGCAGAGGGAACAGUGCAGUGUUCAAUGUUCCUCAUGAAAAUCUCUUAAAUGUGGGACAAAUAAUUCGGGUAUAAAAUAGGCUGUUAGUAUGGGCAGAGAGAGAGAGAGAGAGAUUACAUAUUCACUGUAUUCCGUCUAACUUGUUCUAUGGGAAUGUAUUUUGGCAACCGUUAAGUGACGGAGAUGAGUUUAAGAAGGGAAAAAAAGGAUGAGAUCAGGCAAGUA